ACAUGACCCAAAUAAUAGAAUAGUGUCAUAGGGGAUCAUAUACUACCACGUACCUGCGAAGAAGAGAAGACAAAUACCAGGUUUUAGGGGUCUUUUAAGGACAGAUCAUCAUACAAGAUGAGUCAUAUUGUUUCAUGUUGAGUACACGAACUUUGACCCACCCUUUCCACGACACGAAGACACAAAGAAAAGAAAAUCUACAAAGUCAAAAGAUCAACGUUAUGGAACAAAACGGUAACCAGAAUUUACCACCAGUAACGUUUUGUCGGACAGGAUGUGGUUUCUAUGGUAACCCAGCAUUUGAUGGCUUGUGUUCAAAGUGUUAUAAAGAUGCAUUAAAAAGAAAGAACAAUUCCUCUUCUCCAGUCAGUGGUAGAUUAAGCCCAGUCUCGCCAGGUGAGAAGGAGUCGUCAGUGAGCAGCGUAACCUCGACGCUGGCACAUGCAAGUCUAGGUACCAGUACAGAGUGUAGCAGUGCAAGUUCCAUCAGUUCUACCAUCGUGCCAAGCGGUACAUACGUUAGUGAAGUAGUAACGAGUACCACCCCGAGUGUGGAAACCGCCACUCCUACCGUGUCUAUACCUAGCAGUACAAGUCAGACUAAAGUGGAGCCGGAAAAGGAGGAAGGAGCUGUCGGUGGUGCUGAGGUAGGAACUGAUUCCAGCUCCCAAUCGGAUGACGACAAGGAUAAAAAGCCUAAAAAGAAUCGCUGUCAUACCUGUAAAAAGAAGGUUGGACUUACAGGAUUUCCCUGUCGCUGUGGAGGCCUGUACUGUAGUAUACAUAGAUAUUCUGAUAAACACGAAUGUAAAUUUAACUACAAGGAAAUGGCGCAGGAGCACAUUCGUAAACACAAUCCAGUGAUCGUGGCCGAAAAAAUACAAAAAAUUUAAUGCAAACUUAUAUAAUGGAUUCAUGUUUUAAAAAAGAAAGAAAAAAACUUAUUAUAUUAUUGAUACCUAUAUAUGUAAUGCUAUAUAUAGAUAUCUUAUAAUGAGAAUCGACAAUGGUUUAUGUCUCAGUUGGUAAGAAUAAAGUUUACUGGGAUAAUUCACAUGGCAUGAUUUGGUAAAAUAAGAAAAUGUUGAAAUAAAUAUUUUAGUUAUAAAUGGUGGUGGAAAUAUAAAAACAGGACAAGUUUUCAUUUUGAAAGUCGAAUAUGUGAUUUUCAUUUCAAAAUGCAAGCGGUCUAUAUAUGAUUGAUAACCAGUGUAUAUUAACAAGAGUAAAAAAUACACAUUUGGGGAAUGAAUAUGAUUCUUUCUGGAGUGAAAAAUAGCCAGUAAAAUGUAAAAAAUGUAAAUGGGAAACUUAGAACUAUGCUAGUAGUAGUGAAGUUAACAGAUAUAUUUCUGAUAAACAUUUACAAGAUGAAAGUCUUCCUUUCCAAUUGUCUGACAGUUUCUAUUUCAAGAAAAAAGAAUUGUCUUGAGGCUAAGUGAAACUGUUUUAUAAAAAAUCUUAAUCUAUUAAACCAUUUAUUUUUUGGAAGAAAAAAAAAUAUGAAAAUCUUGUAAAAAUCUUGAUGAAAAUGUGUUUUAUCAAUGAGAUGCCAUUAGUGUUAUAUGCCAGUAAACAUUGUUGUUGGUAACUAGCAGAGGUCAUUGUCAACAAUAUAUCAUUAUGAUGUUGUUAGGCGAAAAUAGAGGUGUUAUCAUGUGUUAAAAUGUGAGAGAGGUUUGAACUCCCUCAUUGUGAUAUAGGGUGUGUAGAGGUCGCCAAUAUAUAUAAUAUCGCGGAAAAUGGAGUAUCAGGGACGAGGAAUUCGGCAGAAAAAGGACCACUCGACUGUACUGUGUGUUAUAACAUAGACCAGAGACAAUGAGUGGUGUGGGCAGUGGCUUCAUCUAGCCAGCGAUCUUUUGGCUUACCAAAAAACUUACUUCAGCUUCGACUUGGAAUGUAUCUGUACUCUGUACAGUUAUUGUGAGUGGUUCUACCCAGUAAUAUUUUAGACUAGAGUUGGGUAGAACAGAAAAGUUUCGAAACUGGAACAUUUUUACUUGGUACUCAAGUGCAUUUGGAGAUGGAGGGUGUAUUUGAUUCCUCAGGGCGGUCACACUGGCAGAAUGAUAAAGGGUUAAAUCCUUCAACACCAGGAAUCGUACAGGACAACUGCGACAUUUUGUCCAGCAUACUGUAUAAAAGUAUUUCAAUAAUUUUUAUGGAUUAUGAAUAUAACGAUUCAGAUUUUAUUAAUACAAUAGUUUAAGAAGUUGCAAAAGGAUUUUUUUGUUAUGUUUGCUCUGUGAUUUUCACUGCAUUGUGAGUUUAAUUUUUUUUGUCAUUUCCACUUUUUUUUUUCUCUCUCUCUCUGAUUGGAGAUUUUCUCGGUUUGCUAUAUCUAGAAAUCAUCCAGCACAAUUUCAUCAAUCACAAGUUAUGUAGUCAAAUUAUUGAAUUGAUUGUCAAUGUUAACUGAUGAAAUCUGUUAGCCUCUGUGUAAACAUGUUUAUUUUUGGGCUUUUAUUCUCAGAAGCUUUCUGUUUUAGGGAGCUUUUCUUUGUUUUAUUCAUCUUUUUUUUUUUUUCGAAUGAAGUGUUGAUUGAGAAUUAUAAAAAAAAUCUCUUAAGAGUUACAAUUUGAAUACAUAUUUCAUUUUAGGAAAAGUUGAAACUAAAAAUUUGAUCGAGUCCCGUUGAAAAAGCACCAGUUUAGGACUUCCAAUACCAGAGUCCCAAAAAUCAUAGAUUGAUCAUAUUUCUUAUGAAGUAAGAUGUAGCUUUUACUUAGGCAAUUAUGAUAUGAUUUCUAAUCUGUCUUUUAUGUAAGAAAAUGUUGGGAUUUUUCAUUGCACAUGUCCAACAUGACGAGCGGGUUUGACAGUAAUUGUAAUUAUUAAAUUGAGCAAUUCUGACACUAGACUAGACCUUAUUUCAGAUUUUCACAGAUUAUUCAUGCAUUUGUUUUGUUGUAACUUCCACAACGCCAAUUGUGUGUUUAUUUUUUACAGAGCUUAUAAAAGUUGAGCAAAACAUGCGAGAUUAAAUCUCGGUGAAUUUUGUAAAGGAAAAUAGUUACUGCAAUGCUGGUACAUGUAUUUGUAAUACAUUGACUGUAUGGUACAUGUCUCCAACAGCAGUAGUAUGGCUUUGAAUGAAGAUAAUAUAAGUUUAAUCCAUUGUUUUGUGAGAAAUUGAUUAAUUUGUCUACAUUGGGGAGUGAUAUGACAUUUGACAUGUAGUUUAUUAAACACUAGUUUUGGGCUCCAUGGUAUAGUGUACAAAGCUAUCGCCAGACCACAAUUUCAUCAACUUUCCAUAGGGCUAUUCCAGUCAAACCUCUAUCCCACCUCAGGACUCCAGGGGCCUGUUCGUUUAUUCGGACAAACCGGUCGUCAGUUUUUAUAUGUAAUAUUUCAAACAUAUAUCUUGACGGACCUUCAAAUGUUAAUACAGGCCUUGGAAGUCUUUGUCAAGGCUCGUCUGAAAACAGUAUAAAAUCAGCAGGUCCCGUCUUUAAUUUCAUUAACAAACAACACUGGUCCAAGUGGUCUAAUCGUUUGGAUUGCAAAAACGAAAACGGCCCUAGUUUUGUUAAGUUGUACCACCCAUAGAAUUUAUUUGGUAAAUUACAUAGUGGUAAAAGGAAGGAAAUCCAACCAUGAAUAGAAGUGAUUUAUUUUGGGAGUCCUAGGGUCAGGUAGAUAUUUUAAUGGAAUAGUCCUUUAAUUCAGGAGAUUUCUUAUCUUAUAAUUCCAUAGUGAUAAUUUAUUGGAAAAAUACAAUAAUAUUCCUUUGUUCUGUACGGCAAGUAUACAUAACAUUGAUUGAAAUGGGACCUGCUAUUAAUAGCUGUCCACACGCAUACAAAUACUUCAUAUUCUUUUAAACAAAUUUUUGAUAUCCAAAAUUCAUUCCAGACAGGGAACUAUCUUCGCUGUAGCUAAGGAUUAUGAUCCACCUACUAACUAAUGCAUCUGCCUUCUGAUAAUUUACCAUUAGGUUUGCAGUUGACCCAUUUUGACAUACAUGACAAUUGCUGCUCAUGUUAGACAAUACAAAACUAAACACUUCGUCUAGAUUUCAACACUUCAAAGUCUUGACAAUUCCUAGGACCAAAUAGUGUUUAAUUUCAUUUCAGCAUAUACUGAUCUAAUGCUGAAUUAAUGUAAAAUGUGAUAAUGACUUAGGAGAACAUUUAACACUAGCCCUCCACCUCUGGGUUGCGAGUUCGAAACCUACGUAGGGCAGUUGCCAGGUACUGAACGUAGGCCGGUGGUUUUUCUCCAGGUACUCCGGCUUUCCUCCACCAUUAAAACCUGGCAUGUCCUUAAAUGACCCUGGCUGUUAAUAGGACGUUAAACAAAAACAAACCAAACCAAAUUCAACACCGAGAGAUUGAUCAUGUACAGCCCGUAGUUCUCAAAUGCUAGUGUCUAUAAACUACUCCAGUAAAUGUUACAUAUCACCCCUAAAGCUUGUGUAUUGGUAUAGUCUAUUGGCUAUCACUCGUUUUUAUUUUAUGUUUGUUGAAAACCAGACUGAUUACAGUGAUUCAUCAGUUUAUUUUAUGAAAGGAACAUAAACACGCAUACAAAAUCAUAAUUUUCUUUUUUUUUGAUAAAUUGUUGCGAUGUAGAACUAAAUGUUACUGGUAUGAAUGGAUGAUUUCUGUAAUUAAACAUUUGAAAUUGACAGGUAUUUUAUGAAUCUGUUGGAAAAAUGAACUUGAUUUGACAAAAGACGACUUUGACUGAUAACAUCUGAAAUUCACUGAGUUGAUUUUUAUCUGAAACCAUUAAAACGUACAUUUCAUUUUUGUCUAAUCUGUAUUAACAUGAUUAUAAGACACUUCAAAUAUGUUAGCGGCACUGAAAUUAUUUUAAGAAUGCAAAAAUGACCAUGAUAUGAGAUGAAUGUCAUGGCCAUACGCUUUUCAAUAUUUAUUCUGAGUUUCUGUCUGUGCGACAGUUUUGCUUUCAUAACAUAAUAUAAUGUAUUAUAUUAUUUUAACUAUUUCUAAGGAUAAUGCAUUUUCUUUUGAAAUGUAUAUAUAUACUAGCAUGCAGUGGUAUUUUAUUCCUUACACUACAUAUAUAUGUCUUUUUGCCUCUUCGAGAAAUAAUUUGUACAGAUAAAUAUCUUGGUAUUUAGAUUUUAUUUUUGGAGAAAAUGAGAAGAAUGGUGUGAGGAUAUGUAUGUAUUUUGUGUGAUUAUGUGUGAAAUAUAGAGACCAGUUAUCUUUCUGCUUUUAAUUUAAAACUUUUAGAAAAGUACCACUUAUCAUUUACCAAAAGUCACUAGUUAUCUAGAUUGUUUGUAUACAAUUCCAACAAUUCAAUGUAGCCAUGGUAAAUAUUUCUUAGUGGAAGACCUGAGAAAGCAAAAGAGCCCAAAAAUGUGGUCAGUGUUAUAAGAAAGCAUGGGGGAACCUGGUUUGAACAAUUUUAAUAGGAAACUAGCUAUGUUAUAUAUUAUGCUAGAUAAUAUUUUUUCUAAAUAUUUUUUAACAUAAAACAAAGGAUACAGUAUAGAUUGAUUGAUUCAAGUUCUAAAAAGGUAUACAGACUAAAUGCAAGUGUAUUACUGAAAUAAAUAGUGUAGAUUCAGAGUAUGGAUGUUAACUGAGCUCUACUACAAGUUACUGCAGGUAUAAUAUUCAGAGUCUCUCACAUUGUUAACUUGUGUAUGGAAUCAAAGGGAGGUAACCCAGAGUAAAUAUCCAAAGAGAGAUAACUCCUGAUUGCUUGCGUGAGUGUUGGUGUGAAGUGUAGAUGAGAUCCUAAUGUUUGCAGACUUCAUCAAAGAAAUUGUUUUUCCCCUCUAUCAUCAUAGUAAUCACCAUAGAAAAACUUCUUAUCUUACUGCACUCGCACAGUUCUGUCAUAUUUCAAAUUAAAUUGUUUGAAAGUAAUGUACAUCAGACGCUAGUGUAAAUGUGAUAAGUAUAGAACUGUACCAUACCAGUGUUUUGUCCCUUAGGACUUGUCAGUGGGGCUAGGCCAGAGGACAGACUUGUAGAAGGCCAGAAUGGAAAAUGAGACUGAGUAUAAACAUAUGUUCAACAUUGUAAGGUAGAGAGGUACAUAAACAUAUAAUCAAUUUGGUGAUUUUCACAAAAUUUCAAAAAAAAAAGAUUAUGAAAAAACGUACAGUAUUAUACUAUUAUAUAUCAUAUGAUGUAUGAUAAGAACCAAUGCCACCAGUAUUAAAAAAAUAUAGAAUAUUUUCUAUAGAUUAUCAAUUUGAAAUAACGGGCAUUUAACUGUAACUCCUGGCAUAUUGUUACAUCUCAGAUUCUGUAUACACAGGUCUUAGUCCACCUGAUGACACUGGAGGAUCUGUGCCAGUCAAAAUAUCUUGCCCUGUUUAGCCUCUAUCAGUUUUGGAGUAGAUCUAAGGGUCCUUAACAAGAUUUAAUUAAGUUUAAUUUGAAUCAAACUUUUGUCUAGUUUACAGCUUGUAAGAGAUAUUUAUCAAUAUUAAUGUUAUUCAUUAUUGUUGGCAUGGUUGAAAGUACAGUAUGAGAGGGAAUCACUUAUUGACCCAGAUGGAGUCACAUGGGGUGUUAAUGUUAGAGAGAAGUCCCAUGUGGUCAGGCAGGUGACAAUUCAAUUUGAAAUAUGACAGAAUCCUGUUGGCUAUCACAUAAUAUUUCAAAUUAUCAACAUUUUUUGUUUGUCUUUGUAGUUGAAAAUGUGAUUUGCGGAUCAUCAGUCAUUUAUCGUUGGUAACUUUUAAUUUUUCAUUUUGAAAAAGUGAAUUCUACGUAAAUAAAGGAUAUUGUGGGGGAUUUGAUCAAGGUUUGGGGUUUUGUGUGUGUAUAUACACACCCAGAAGUGAUUUUAAAGAAAAAAAUCUUGAAAUAAUUCAUGAAGUAAUUUAUGCUUGAAAACCUGAUGAUAGGUUUGAUUACCAGCAAAGUACACCAGUUAUAUAUAUUAUAUUUAUUUCAAAAAAGUGGUGAGAAAAUCUAUUUAAACAAUUUUUUGUUAAAAAUUACAUAGUUGAAUAUGUAAGUGUUCAUAAAGCAUUGUUUUAAAGGAUUUAACAUGUAAACAAAGCUGUAUGUGAGACACAGACCACGUGAUAUUGUCAGGUGUUUUCAUUUUGUGAAACUUUCAUUCUAGCUAAACUAUGUUGAAAUAAAUUGAUGUAACAAAUAAAAUAAUUAAGCUUGA